AUGCAUUUUCUAGUUGGAGCUGCCAUUGCGGCAACUGCUUCUGCCAGAGCACUGUUACCAAGACAAGAUAACGCUGCAGCGUGUCCAGGGUAUACUGCCACUAACGUCCAAACAUCAGGAACAGGCUUGACGGCUGACCUAGCUCUUGCUGGUCCUGCAUGCAAUAGCUACGGAAAGGACAUCGAGGAUCUGAAGCUUACAGUCAACUACGACACUGAAAAGAGGCUACACGUCAAGAUCGAAGAUGCCGCAGCAAUUGCGUACCAGGUGCCUGUCAGCGUGUUUCCAUCUCCCGACAGCUCAAGCUCGGUAUCGCCAGAGCAAGCAGAACUGACCUUUGAGCACAAAACUUCACCCUUCAGUUUCCGCGUUGUCCGCAAGGCUAGCGGUGAAGUCCUCUUCGACUCAUCUGCCGCUCCUCUCGUCUUCCAAGACCAGUAUCUCCGCCUGCGGACAUCACUGCCCGAGAGUCCGAACCUCUAUGGUCUAGGAGAGCAUUCGGACAACUUCAAACUCAACGCCACCAAUUACACACGCACGCUCUGGUCGCGUGACAGCUACGGUAUUCCAGAGGGCACGAACCUUUAUGGAAACCACCCUGUAUAUUUCGACCACCGAGGUGAGGAUGGCACGCACGGCGUGUUCCUUCUUUCUAGCUCCGGAAUGGACGUGAAGAUCGACAAUGUCGGUGGACAACACUUGGAGUACAACUUGAUCUCAGGAAUCCUGGAUCUGUAUUUCGUGGCGGGACCAGCACCUACUGAAGUCAGCAAGCAGUACGCUGAGAUUGCAGGACUACCUGCCAUGAUGCCGUAUUGGGGAUUCGGAUUUCACCAGUGCCGAUAUGGCUACAGGGACUUCUAUGCAGUAGCCGAAGUGGUCACGAACUACUCCUCCGCCGGUAUUCCUCUAGAAACGAUGUGGACAGACAUUGACUACAUGUAUGCGAGAUACAUCAUGACGACUGACCCUGAUCGAUUCCCUAUGGAGCGGAUGCGAGAUAUCGUUGACUACCUGCACGAGCAUGAUCAGCACUACGUCGUGAUGGUCGACCCUGCUGUAGCAUAUCAAGAGGAGAAGUACGACAACCUGCCCUACGACACUUUCCUAACAGCUCGUGACAAUGGCUACUUCGUCUACAAGAAUGGCACUGUCUACCGGGGAGUCGUCUGGCCCGGUGUCACGGCUUUCCCGGAUUGGUUCCAUCCUGAUACUCAGGAGUAUUGGAACAACGAGUUUUUGGACUUCUUCAACGCCGAAGAUGGCCUGGACAUUGAUGCCCUAUGGAUAGACAUGAAUGAGGCUGCCAACUUCAACUACUUUGGCGACGAUCCUGAUGAGACUACCGAAGAACGCGGAUUUCCUCCAACACGACCCGAGCUUAGAUCGCAACCCCGACCAAUCCCGGGCUUUGGCCCAGAAUUCCAGCCUGGCGCUGCUCCAUACCCUCCCGACCAGUAUGUCUAUGCUCCCCCUUGGCUGGCACCAGACUCGAAUCCCAACGAUGCCAAGAAACGGUUUAUUGAUGCCUCCCCGAUCAAGCGCGAGGUCAAGCGUCAGUCUCCAGAGUCUCCCAAUGGAGCUGCACUCAUUGGAUACCCCGAUCGCGACUUCCUUGCUCCACCUUAUCAAAUCAACAACGAGAACACAUUCGAAGCCUACGGAGGACUAUCAAACUUCACAUUGGAUACUGACAUCGUUCACUACGAUGGUCAUGUCGAACUUGAUGUGCACAAUCUUUACGGCACUAUGAUGUCUGAAGCCUCACGGACCGCUAUGCUAGCCAGGCGACCUACCAGGAGGCCGAUGGUCAUCACUCGUUCGACGUUUGCCGGCGCAGGCAGAAGCGUCGGAAAGUGGCUUGGUGAUAAUCUCAGCACAUGGGCACAGUAUCGCAAUUCGAUCCAAGGCAUGCUGAAUUUUGCUACGCUGUUCCAAGUACCCAUGGUUGGCUCCGAUAUCUGCGGAUUUGGUGGGAACACCACGUCCACCUUGUGUGCUCGCUGGGCCACUCUGGGAGCAUUCUACACUUUUUCGAGGAACCACAACGGAGACACGUCGAUUCCGCAAGAGUUCUACCUGUGGGACCUGGUCGCUGAAGCAGCUCGCAAUGCCUUCGAUAUCAGGUACAAGCUACUGGACUACAUCUACACUGCCUUCCACAAGCAGACCAUUGAUGGUACCCCAGUCAUCAACCCGCUCUUCUUCCUAUACCCACACGACACGAACACCUUCGGCAACCAACUCCAAUUCUUCUACGGAGAUUCGAUCCUCGUCUCGCCAGUCACUGAGGAGAACUCGACGAGUGUGACAAUCUAUCUUCCCGUCGAUCGCUUCUACACCUGGGGUUCAUGGGAGGUCGUCGAAGGUCGCGGUGCAGAGAUCACCCUCAACAACAUUAGCUUCACCGAGAUCCCGCUCCACGUCCGCGGUGGCAGCGUCCUGCCUGUUCGACAAAAGUCUGGAUAUACCACUACGGAAACGCGCAAGCAACCUUUCGAAAUCAUUGUUGCUCCAGACCGGGAAGGGAAGGCUAGUGGCUCGCUGUAUCUCGACGACGGUGACAGUAUUGAACAGGAUGCUACUUCAGAGAUCGAGUUUGAGUAUGCCGAUGGAGAGCUCGAGAUCACUGGUACUUUUGGAUACACUGCUGAAAGUAUCCGGAUCGCGGCUGUGACUGUGCUUGGUGGAUCGAAGGAGUACCAUGGACAUCCUUCGUGGCGCCAUGGAGGUAAGGGGAAGAGUGGUCGUAAAGGACCAAGAGAUGACGCGCAUGGCGAAUGGACGCACAGCGAGGAGAGUGGUGCUACGACGGUGGCCGUCGACCAGCCGCUUGAUGGAGAGCUGACCGUUAGCGUAUAG